CGAGUCUGAAGUACGGAAAACUUCACGUCAUCUCCGCGUUAUCGGUGACAGAAAAAUUAAGCGUGAAAAUGGAAUUUCAGAGAAAAUAUAACUGGGAAUAUUGAAAUUUGGGUGUGUAGAAAUAUAAAUUUAGGUUGGCGACAGAAGAGUCAUGACGCGGAGAUAAUCAAAUAAACAGGUUUCUAACCAUGGCAGCUGCAAUGGCAAUGCCACUGUCAAUUGAUAGAAAAUUUGUGCACAAUAAUGCUCUGUCGUCACACAAAGCAGUCCGUCAUAAUUUCUUCCACUCAAAUUCUUUACAAAUAAAACUGCAUUCCCAAUCCCAAGGGAUUUCCUCCCGCAGGCUCCUAUUGGUCACUGCCACAUCAUCCUGGGAUGCGCUUGCCUCAGUGUUCACAGGUCAGAAUAAAGCCCGGGAGGCUUCUUUGGCUGUAAAACGAGGCAUGCAGCUGUUUGUGCAGGGUGAUGUUGAGCAGUCAUUGACUGAAUUUGACAAAGCAAUAGAGCUGGACCCUCGGCAGAGAUUAUAUCUCUGGCAGCGAGGACUGUCCUUAUACUACCUGAACAGGUAUGAAGAAGGAGCAAAGCAGUUUAGAGAUGAUGUUGCAGCUAAUCCCAAUGAUACUGAAGAAUCAAUUUGGUGUUUCCUCUGUGAAGCUCAAUUAUAUGGAGUUGAUGAAGCACGGAGACGUUUUCUUGAGGUUGGUCCAGACCCAAGACCUGUCAUGAGAAAAGCAUACGAGAUGUUUAAAAAUGGUGGUAACCCAGAUGAGCUUACUGCUGAGUUUUCAAAUGGUAGAGAGCACGAAUGCUUCUAUGCAGCCUUAUAUGCCAGCUUGUAUCAUGAAGCUCAGAAUGGCCCUAUUGCUGCAAAGGAAGCUCUGAUUAUUGCAUGCUGUUCUCCCUAUGGAUUAAGUUCUAGUGAUUACAUGGCUUCACUUGCCAAAGUACAUUGUAAAUGUCGAGGUUGGAAUGUUGAAGGUACGCCAAUGGCAUAGCACAAGUGAUAACUUGAUCAAUAAUGUAUUGAUUCAUUUGCUAUGGCUUCUAUUCAAUAAUGAAACCAUUUGGAUUCUUAAUAAUAUUUGAUAUUUUGCAAUACUUUUAUUAUUGGGAUAGUAUUAGAAUAGAAGAGUGUUUAUAACUUUAUUCUAUUAUUUUUUUGUCAAAAUUAAUAUGGCAAAGAAAAAAUUCAACAUUAAA